AUGAGCAACGGUGUGGAAAUGCGGCGCAAGUCUGCCAACAACCUCGACACCUCGGAGGCUGUGACUGGCAACUACAUUUCUCGCGAGAGCUUUUCGCUGGACGAACCGGUUCCCAAGACACCGACCGCGGGCAACCAUGGAUUUCGCGAGCUGCCGAGACGGGACAAGCGAAGCUUCCUGUUGCUGGUAUUGCUGUAUUUUCUCCAGGGCAUCCCCAUGGGCCUUGCUAUGGGGUCGGUUCCUUUCCUUUUGAAGAACCACAUGUCGUACGGGGAGAUUGGUAUUUUUAGCUUGGCUUCGUACCCUUAUUCAAUGAAGCUGUUUUGGAGUCCUUUUGUGGACGCAGUUUGGAGUUCCAAAAUUGGUCGGCGAAAGACUUGGAUUGUUCCUAUUCAGUUCCUUUCUGGCUUCAGCAUGCUAUGGCUUGGAUCGCAUGUUGAGUCGAUGAUGGAAACAACCGGGAAGCCGGGCGGGCCUACCGUCUGGGGCUUCAUGACGUGGUGGUUUUUCUUGGUUCUAAUGUGUGCGACCCAAGAUAUUGCGGUGGACGGCUGGGCCCUGACGCUCCUUACGCCGGCAAACGUGUCUUAUGCAUCCACUGCCCAGACCGUCGGCCUGACUGCAGGCCAUUUCAUGUCGUAUACGGUAUUUUUGGCUUUGAACGCCAGCGAUUUCGCCAACAAGUGGUUCCGGUCGGUCCCUUCAGAGGAGGGGCUUGUUUCACUGGGCGGAUACUUGACGUUCUGGGGCUGGGUCUACAUCAUCGUUACUAUUGGACUUGGCUUCUUGAAGCGGGAGGAAAAGUCACAUAAUGACGACGGCGUAUGGGACGUCUACCGAAUCAUGUGGGGCAUCUUGAAGUUGAAGAAUGUGCAGACAAUCAUUAUUGUGCAUCUCAUUGCCAAGAUUGGUUUCCAGGCCAAUGACGGGGUCACGAACCUGAAGCUCCUCGACAAGGGCUUUGGCAAGGAUAACAUGGCGCUCACGGUCCUCAUUGACUUUCCUUUUGAGAUUAGUCUCGGAUACUAUGCGGGCAUGUGGUCGCAAAAGUAUACACCCAUGCGACUGUGGUGCUGGGGAUUUCUCGGCCGACUGGGUGCGGCCAUCUUUGCUCAAAUCACGGUGGCCAUGUUCCCUAGCAAUGGUGUGACCGUGUGGUACAUGGUUGUGGUGAUUGCGGAGCAUCUGUUGUCGACGUUUACCAACACCAUCAUGUUUGUUGCCGUUUCUGCUUUCCACGCCAAGGUCUCGGAUCCAGUCAUCGGCGGCACAUAUAUGACUCUACUCGCAACCGUUUCCAACCUGGGCGGUACGUUCCCGAAAUAUUUUGUGCUGAAGCUGGUCGACUCCUUUACGGUAGCUACUUGUCUUCCCACACUCAAUGCGGAUACGUCCAAGCUGAAGGGACCCGUGAUUACCGAGGCGUUUUCUUGCGCGGUGCAAGCGGAGAAGGAGAGAUGCGAAAAUGGCGGCGGCACAUGCGACAUGAGCCGAGACGGAUACUACAUGGUCAACAUGCUGUGCGUUGCGUUUGGUCUGGUGUCGUUCUUGUGGUAUAUCAAACCAAAGGUGCUGCACCUGCAGAGCUUGCCUCUCCGGGCUUGGAGGUUGUCGCCGACCAACGACAAGCGGUAG